AUGUUUUCUUCAGCAGAUGCUUUCUCCAAUGAUCAGAGCUCAACACAAACCAAAAGGGGAAUGUAUACUGUUAGUACAUCUCAGCAAACUGAAUCAAUGACCCAGCAGCCUUUUACAGGUAUCUCUUGGUUAAGUUACAAUAUAUUGAAUUGUGAACGCAAUUAAAAAUAUAUCGCCAGUUUAUGGUUCGCUAUAUAGUUCAAUUGAGUCAACCUUCAAAAUGUAUAUCCGCUACCUGUUCCGUCGGUUUUCUUUUUGUUUUUGUUUUGUUUUUUAAUUUGUUUUUUGUUUUUUUUGUUCCCUUUGUGCCUCACAUCCUUUUGAAAAUGCAGUAAAAAAAAUAUAGCCAUGAGGCAAGUGUGUAACCUGAUAGAGAUGGCUUCAACGAGUCCAUACAAGUACUUGUGAAGUGAGGUGGUGAAUCUCCUCUACCAACAGCAAAUAUAAAUGCUGUGUGGCAUUGUAAUAAAACGAAAUCGAUCUAAUUUGUAGUGUUUUGUCUUCGUAGGGUUGCCCACUUAUAUCACAGAAAAGAUUCGUCAGCUUUACAGAAGCCGUGAAGGGAAACUAGCGCCAUUCGCGUGGUGCGAUUAUCCUAAUUUUAACCUGAAUGAUAUUUUUACCCGAUUGAAGAUUGUGAACAAAGAAACAGUACGAGGAACAUUGACCGACAAUGAAAUCGCCAACAUGACAGCCAUCUUUAGACCCCACCCGAACUGCCAGAAGCCGCAUAAAGUAUUGAUUGAAGGGGAUCCUGGCAUGGGAAAAACUACCUACUCACAAAAACUGGCGUAUGACUGGGCAAACAAGCAAAAUGAAUGGGACGCGUCUUUUCCAGAGAUUGAAGUUCUGCUCCUGCUUAGAUGCAACGACAUAAAAUCUAGCAUUUGGGAAGCUAUUGAUGAUCAAAUUCUUCCUGAAGAUAUCGACGAAAAGGCCAAGGAGACUUUCUUCAAAUACAUAAAGGAAAACCAGUCCAAAGUUCUGCUAUUGCUGGAUGGAUUAGAUGAGGCAGACCCCUGUGAACGAGACAUCUACCUCUCACUGGUAACGUGUAAACUCCUCCCAGAUUGUCACGUUGUCAUUACUUCGCGUCAUGAGGUUGGAAAGAAAGUAAGCCGAUACUGUGACAACCUGUGGGAGAUUGUAGGAUUCACCAAGGAGGAUUCGAAACGAUUUAUCGGAAACUAUUUUCAGGGCAAGGAACACUUAGCUGAGGAGUUUAUUGAAAGACACGUUAAACAUUGGUAUGCUGACCCACCUGAUCCUAACCUCCGCAGCCUCUCCGAUUUGGCGAAAAAUCCGCUUAAUUUGACUUUACUCUGUUGUAUUUUCGAAGAUUCCGAAAACGUUUUUCUUGAAAGCAGAACCCGAUUGUACAUUGAAAUCGUUCUCCUUGUUUUAAGAAGAUAUGAAGAAAAAAAUGGACUUGAAAGCAACAAUGACCAAGACUUGAUUUCAGUUUAUAGGGAAAAACUCAAACUUUUGGGCCGGUUCGCGUUAGAUUCCCUUCAUAAGGGGAAGUCGUACUUUGAAAAAGAGAAGGAUAUCGACAAUUUUGGAUUCUUGUCUUUUCAACAAGGCGGCACUAGGAGCAAACCUUGCACACGCUGUGUAUUUUCACACAAAAGCUUUCAGGAGUUUUUUGCUGGUUUUUAUCUGGCGUUUCAGGUUAACGAAGGACAAAUUGACUUUGCCCACGUUUUAACCGAUGAAAGAUAUUUGAAGGAACUGAAAGAGGUUUUUUUGUUCAUGAGUGGAAUCAUAGCAAUCAAAAGCGAGAAAAUUGGAGAAUCCAUCCUUAUUUGUAUGGCCAAGCAUAUCAGUGGUCUUCUUCGUAGAUCCGACCAAAAAGUUAAAUCGUAUAUGGCGUUGGCUUGUGAGUGUGUUUUUGAAUGCGAUUACAGCCCCCUUGUAAAAUGCAAAUCGAAAGAUGAGGAGAGAAGGCUAACUUACUUGGAAUAUACUUUCGGUACGCACCUUGACAUGUCCUCCCUCACUGAAGUGGAUUUAUCCUCCGCUGAAAUAGAGAAUGUUGGUGCUGCUGUGAUUUCCGUGGUCCUCGAAAAAAACUCCUCCCUAACUCAUUUGGAUUUGAGUUUCAACAGCAUUGACCAGGAUGUUGCUUCUUCUCUUUCCAAGGCCCUCAAAGCAAACUCCUCCCUGACUUCUUUGAAUUUGGAGGGUAAUUUUAUUGGUGAGGAUGGUGCUUCUUCUCUUUCCAAGGUACUAAAAGCAAACUCCUCCCUGACUGAUUUGAAUUUGAGUGAUAACAAAAUUGGCGACGCCGGUGCUUCGUUUCUUUCCCAGGCCCUCAAGGCAAACUCCUCCCUGACUAAUUUAAAUUUGCGUAUAAACAGAAUUGGCGACGCUGGUGCUUCUUCUCUUUCUGACGCCCUAACAGCAAAUUCCUCCCUGACUGAUUUGAAUUUGAGUUUAAACAGUAUUGGCGACGCCGGUGCUUCUUCUCUUUCCAAGGCCCUCAAAGAAAACUCUUCCCUGACUGGUUUGAAUUUGUUGGAUAACAGAAUUGGCAACGCUGGUGCUUCUUCUCUUUCUGACGCCCUAACAGCAAAUUCCUCCCUGACUGAUUUGAAUUUGGGUUUAAACAGUAUUGGCAACGCCGGUGCUUCGUUUCUUUCCAAGGCCCUCAAAGCAAACUCUUCCCUGACUGGUUUGAAUUUGAGGCAUAACAUUAUUGGCAACGCUGGUGCUUCUUCUCUUUUCGAAGCCCUCAAAGCAAACUCCUCCUUAAACAAAUUGGAUUUAACUGAUAACUAUGUGAGUGCCGUUGGUGCAGCUUCUUUUAAAGAGGCCUCUAAGAUAAACAAAAAAGUGAAUGUGCUCUUUUAA